AUGGCCGUUUUUCUAUGCUGCGUUCCUUUUCAGAUUCAUUUUGCCGUGGUCGCCGUCCAGCACAACAACAACGAGGCCCACCAAGCACAGCGCAUCAAGAACAGGAAAAUCGCGCUGCUGCACGGAGUGGCCGGGGGGGGGGGGGGGUUGGUGGCUGCUGGUGCCGCCAUUGGUCCAAGCACGUCCAGCUACCUGUUCUCGUUCACAUUACUGGGUGUUUCCUGUGACGAGAGACGCGGAGACGCAGACUCGCAGAGACACUGCAGGGGGAUUGGGGAACCUGUCUGA